UCAGUCUCACCGCUGCGUUCGUUACAAUCAGGUGUGCUUUUCCCAUCAGCUCGCGUUUCAGUUGCCUUUGGUUGCAUUUGUUGCUUAGUUACACGUUCCUUGCAAAGCGCGCGUGCUACGCUUACUUGGAUUCGUUGGCGUAAGGCUGCAGUUUGAAUCUUGUGUGCUGCCAUCAUCAUUUUGUGGGUGCCAGUACUGGACUGUGGACCGUAAGAAGAAAAAUAUUACUAACGGUCGCGAUUGGUGGUAUUUAUUGACGAAAUCAAACAGUUUUCAAAAUAUUUUUAUUAGUGAUUGCAAAACGUGGUGAAGAGUAGCAAUCUUGAAAAAUGUGCACAUGAACGGUUUAUGUUGAGCGGAUUAUUAUGAAGAAAAAAAGUGUUGAUCGUAAAACUCAUUAUUUUUGAACCAACGAGCCCAACGUGCUAAAUUGAUAUUUUAUUUUAUCGUAAGAUCAAUUACAUAAUAAUUGUUCAAUUUAUAAGAAAUUGUGUUAGUGGUGUGAAACUGCAAAAGUGAGAAAACGUAUUUGUCAAUCAAGCUUUAGUUUCUGUGACUUGAUUAGAUACCUUUUAGACAGGCACACAUACUGAAAAUUUGAAGAGCUAGUGUUGGUUGCACAGCAUUUUGGAUACACCCAUUUAGCACCUUGGUUUACACCAUCACCGUUGUCGCCGUUAGGGAAUUUGUUCCACUCAGCACAUUUGGUUCCUUUUGUGAAUUGCACUCGACGACAGGCCUCAUAAAGUAGAACCACCGCCAAUUAACGACGCAGUGAAGUGUGUUCAACUACCAUAGAGCAAAGUAAUAAAAAAGCUUUCACCAUGCUCGUUAUCAACUAUUAGCAGCACACUAGAGGAAAAAUAUAAAUACCGGAAGUAUUUUUCUAGCAACAUAUUCUUAUUCCUGGCAGUACCAACACAAUUGUUGCAAGAUGACUGCAGUCGAGGUUCAUUCGGGCUACAAAUAUUAUGGGAAGGCUAAAGAUCCCAACAAAAAGAUAGUGUUGAACCACCUGAAUAUGAGUGUAACUAGAGGAUCGAUAUAUGGAUUACUAGGAGCGUCAGGAUGCGGUAAAACAACCUUGCUGUCGUGUAUAGUGGGACGAAAAUUUUUAAACAGUGGCGAAAUCAGUGUAUUGGGAGGUACACCAGGCACACCCGGAUCUGGCGUGCCGGGCCCAAGAAUUGGAUACAUGCCACAAGACAUUGCACUAGUAGAAGAAUUUUCAAUCAAAGAAACGAUUUAUUAUUUUGGUCGAAUAUAUGGCAUGUCAACGGAGAAAAUACGCGAGCGAUACAAAUUACUCAAAGAGCUACUAGAACUGCCAUGUGAUGAUCGACACGUCGGCAAUUGCAGUGGAGGUCAACAGAGACGAGUGUCAUUCGCAGCUGCCAUGGUCCAUGAACCAGAACUGCUGAUCUUGGACGAACCGACAGUGGGUCUUGACCCGCUGUUACGGGAAAGAAUAUGGCACUAUUUAGUCGAUACAACAAGUACAAGCAAAUUGGCUGUGAUUAUAACUACACAUUAUAUCGAGGAAGCAAGACAGGCUUCUUGUAUUGGUUUGAUGCGGAAUGGAAUUCUGCUGGCAGAAGACACACCCAUCAACAUCAUGGAGCGUUUUAAUUGUACAAAUCUGGAAGAUGCUUUCCUUACCCUUUGCCAAAAACAUGGUCCCUCUGAGGAGGCUGAUCGGACAACACACGAGUCACAUACCAUACGUAGUAUAAAAUCAAUAGACACAAUAGAGGAUGUUGGAUCCGACAUCAAGAAGUCUAUUCCGCCACUAUCGUCUUCACAUAAUGAAAAGAAAGAUAUGAGUAAAAGCUUGUACGAAGAAAGCGGAAAACCAAUAACGAGAACCAUAAAAGAGGUUUUAAGCUUUACGACGAAACGAAGAAUGAACGCAUUGCUAUCGAAAAACUUCCUACAAAUGAUCCGGCAGCCUGCUGGAAUGGUGUUUCUGUUCCUUUACCCCAUAUUUCAGUUGGUAAGUUUUUACAUAGCAAUAGGUGGAGAUCCAAAGGACCUUCGAUUAGGUGUCGUAAACGACGAGGUGAACAACAUACAGGAAUGCUUCAACAGAUCUCUUAUCACCACAUACUAUCAUGAUGAAUAUGACUGCGAUUUGUACAAAAUUUCCUGUCGGUUUCUCGAUCAGCUAAAUAGGAGCGUUGCGAUACAGGAACAUUACGAGUCAUUUGACGAUGCUUACAAAGCAGCCAAAACUGGGAAAAUAUGGGGUUUCAUUUAUUUUUCUGAUAAUUUCACUGAGUCCCUCCAAGAUGUAAGAGAUAAUGUUCGAGACGCCAACCCUGGAUCUUUCCAUACUUCGGAAAUAAAGGUCUAUUUGGAUAAAUCUGACCAGCAAGUAACAUUUUUUCUCGAGAAAAAGCUGAUAGAGACGUACAAGGAAUUCGCUGAAAGAGUAAUGUCGGAUUGUCACCUACCGAAGCAGUUGGCAAAUAUUCCAAUCACAUUUGAAGACCCUGUCUACGGAUCAUUUCAAGAUGAAUUCACCGACUUUAUGGCUCCAGGAGUUGUCAUGACAAUGAUCUUUUUUCUGGCUACGCUCAUCACGGCAACGAUAUUCAUUACUGACCGGCUCGAAGGUGUUUGGGACAGAACGUUAGUAGCAGGUAUCACGGCCCUCGAGUUACUGCUAGCACAUAUAAUUACACAAACGUCGAUUAUGCUGCUGCAAUGUGUGGAAAUUAUUCUUCUCGCCACUUUCAUAUUUGAUGCACAGAAUCAAGGCAGUAACAUCACCGUGGUCGGUCUACUGAUGCUGCUGGGCUUCGCUGGAAUGUUAUAUGGUUUGCUGAUAUCCAUAUUCUGCGAUGCACAUUCAACGGCAAACUUUAUGGCAACCGGAAGCUUUUAUCCCAUGAUAAUCAUGUGCGGAAUUUUGUGGCCCCUGGAAGGUAUGCCCCAAUAUUUGCAGUACUUGGCGUACUGUUUUCCCUUUACGGUGCCUUCGAUGGCGGUGCGCAACGUGCUUUCCAAAGGAUGGAGUAUCACAAACUCCCAGGUGUAUAUGGGCUACGGUGCUGUUGGUAUCUGGAUAAUAAGUCUUUUGUUAUUAUGUUUGAUCGGUUUGAAGAUAAAGAAAUAGGGAUAUAUUUAAAUGAUGAAAGUACAGUUUCAACCAAGCUCACUGAAUAGCAAUUUAAUUUUACUUUUGGUUAGCUCUGUACAUAUUAGCCGUUAUCCGAUUGGUUGUUCAAUCGAUAGAAGCUACGGAAAGAUGAAUAAAAUUUGCUUACCAUAGAUUUGGAUGGAGCUCAAUUAGAAUUAUAAAUGGUAUUAGUGCACUAAGUAAAAAAUCCAACAUAAGAGUACUGCAACUUUUUUCCAUCUCUCUGAAGUUUGGUGUAGCAAAGCAAUAUAUGCUGUCACCUAUGUGAUAGCAUCUACGUAAGGUAUAUUCCAAAAGUCUGUUAUUUAUAAUUCUGAAAUUGUUUAAUUGUAUUUUACAAUAAAGAAUGCGUGUGAAAAGCGGUUUUGUAUUGAGACGAGAGUAAUUUAUUUUUUUAUCAAUCAUUUUUUACCAACAGAGCUAAAUAAAGGAGCAGAACAAUAGUAUCAGUAGAUUUAAUAGCAUGAAACACUUAUGCAUUUGGGACACAAUAUAACGUCAUCGGAUCUUUGACAUACUAUUUGUGGUCAAGAAAAUGCAUUCGAGAAAAAUUAUGCCAGGGUAAAUAUGGGAAAGAACUUUAAAUAAAUACCAUCAGGUUCAUGAAAAUUCAAAAAAA